CAGUUUGAAAAAAUGGCUCAUAGGACGUGGCAUAUGUUUUCCAUAAUAACAUUAAUAUUUACAAUUUUAUCACACGUUGGUGAAUCUACUUCGACACCGCCGGUACCAUGGUAUGAAAAUCUACCAGCAGUAACUAUGGAUUACAAAGUACACAUCGACGCCGGCAAAGAAGAUUGUUAUUACCAGUAUGUUCAACCGGGCGCUACAUUUUACGCGAGUUAUCAAGUGUUAAAAGGUGGUGAUGGGAUGUGUGGGUUUGCGGUUCGUCACCCAAAUGGCCAGAUAGUGCACCCAUACGAGUGGCGCCAGUCUGCGGAGUAUGCGGACCAGUCAAGUUCGGGCGGCUACUACGCUGUGUGUAUCGACAACCAGUUCUCUAGGUUUGCGGGAAAACUAGUCAAUUUGUACCUGUCCGUGAUAAGAUACGAUAAGUGGGAGCAAUACGCGAAGGAAGUUGAGGAGCUUGAUAUGAAUAUUAAGAAUUUCACAAAUUCAAUUCAAUUUGUGGAACGAAAUGUAAAUGACAUAUUGCAGUACCAAUAUCAUUCCAGAGCAAGAGAGUCCAGAGAUUAUAAUUUAUUAGUUGACAACAAUGCUUAUGUGUUAAGGUGGUCAUUCGUACAAAUUGUAGCAGUUGCAGCAACUGGAACAAUGCAAGUUUAUUUUGUGAGGAAACUUUUUGAAGUUAAGGAAAACUCGUCAAAAACAAGAAUUUAAUUUUUUAAUUUUUAUUUUAAGGGAAGGAUACAAUUAUCUCUGACUGAAUGGACUCAUUCCUUGUUAAUAUUAAUUUAUGUGUAACUUCUAAUCUGAUCUCCUUUUCGCUUUUUUUUUACAAUUCAACACACACACAUAAUUAAUAGCCUUUGAUGUACUCAACAUUAUAUAGAACAGAUUUAAGAAAUAAUUUUAUAAACUUUAUUUAACAUAGGAUUUUGUAAGAUAUUUUUAACAAAUAUUAUUUUUUAUAUUGUUUUAUUAUUUUUAUUAAGGAACACUUUUUUAAUGAGCUUUUUUUUGUAUGUGAAAUUGUUGUUAAAAUGAAAUUAAAUUUUAAUGUAAAAUAAAUAAAAAUAUUUUUUGUACACAUUUAAAAUCUAAUGUAGGAUCGAUUGAUGUAAUCAAUGGGUUUCAAAGAAAUUCCUAGUUUUGUAUAAAGUUAUAAUUGCCUUAAUUAGGAGGAUUGUAUACAAUAAAGUACAAGAUAAGCAAUC